AUGACGGUAGCUGAUGCCGCCAUCGAUACACCAACGUCUCCAAAGCUAGACCUGGUGCGUCGCAAGCUAGACAUGACUGAUGCCGAGGAUGAAGAUAGUGAUCCACCUACGGUUCACGAGCUCAUGCAAGAGGUCAAUCGACUCCAGCACCGUAUCGGUGACGACCAAAGCAUUUUCGCAGAAGACUGCUCAUUAGAGCGCACGCUGCCGCGAUACAUACCGAAGAUGUGUACGACGAGCAAGGCACCUGAACACUUGUUAAGACCUGGCAUUUACCCAGGACGAACGAUUGCUAGUAAUGUCGGCAAUAUAUCGCCUUACAAGAACGUUGGAGCAAUGGCACGCAGUGAAUUUGGGCUAAUGACACCACCUUCUAAACGCCGAGAUAUCGUGACACCGACAAGGCCCCGCACAGCCCCGCGCCCCACGCGGGUGGCAGCUUUAACACGUGAAAAUAUUUCGCUGUUGCCCAAGCCGAGAGCACAGAUCUACACUGGGUCCGUGUGCGGCUCGCAAAUUUCCCGCACAAGCAUCCGCACGGAUGGUGGUGCUGUUUUUUCGCGAUUGUACCAACCAGAUUUUUACAAGAACCGUGACGAAAAGUUAAAAAAUAUGCGCGACCGCCGCGAAAGUCUUGACUGCUCAUUCACGCCGCAUACUAAUCGACGUGGCUCUACUUCGCCCCGAGGAUCAAUUGGCUCAGGCUCUCAAGCGUCAAUGAUAUCAUCCAAGACGGAUGUUGUUAAUGUGUCGAGUCGUUUGUAUGAUCCUGAUUAUGUGCGUAAGCGCAGUGCACGCUUACAGCGCAUGCGGCAAGAACGCGAAAUGCGUGGAUGUACCUUCACGCCCACAAUAAAUUCAACGACAACCUGCAAGAAACUGUAG